GCCGGCCUCUCGCCUCCUCCUCCUCCUCAGCGGCGGGCUUUGUGCCCCUGCGCGAGGCGGACCUCCAGCCGUGGCGUCAUACGGUGCUUUGGGCCGCACAGCAGGAGACACAGUUAUGGUGGGGUGAGCGAGCCGGCACACAAAGGACACCCUUUUCGGCGUUCGAUCCAGGAAGCUGGCGGAGAUGCGGGGACUGGCUCCCGUGUACCGGGCCGUGACGAGCGCCGUGUGCCGCCGCCGCAGUAGCAGCGGGACUGCGAGCGGCCACAAGCAGCUCCAGCCGGGCUUCGGCCUUCUCUUUGACAUCGAUGGCGUUCUUGUGCGUGGAAGGACGCCCAUUCCAGCGGCUAAGAAGGCUUUCCAGAAGCUGGUGAACCCCCAGGGCCAGUUUGUGGUCCCCGUGGUGUUUGUGACGAACGCCGGGAACUGCCUCCGUCAGACCAAAGCGGACCAGCUGUCCCACCUCCUCGGAGUCUCGAUCUCCCAGGACCAGGUGGUGAUGUCACACAGCCCUUUGAAAAUGUUCAAGAAGUACCACGAGAAGUGUGUGCUCGUGUCGGGACAAGGGCCGGUGCUGGACAUUGCCAAAAAUGUGGGCUUCAGCAAUGUCGUGAGCAUCGACAUGGUGAGGGAAUCCUUCCCCCUGUUGGACAUGGUCGACCACAACCGACGACCCAAAGUCCCGUCUACUCCAAUAGUUACUAUUCCCAAAAUUGAGGCUGUUGUCCUCUUCGGAGAGCCCAUUCGGUGGGAGACUAACUUGCAGCUCAUCAUUGACAUUCUGCUGACGGAUGGGAACCUGGGAAAUGCCCACCAGAACAUGAUGUUCCCCCACCUUCCCCUGCUGGCCUGCAACAUGGACCUCAUGUGGAUGGCGGAGGCCCACUCUCCACGGUUUGGCCACGGGACUUUCCUGGUGUGCCUGGAAAACAUCUACAAGAAGAUCACAGGCAAGGAGAUGAAGUACGAGGCGCUGGUGGGCAAACCGAGCGAGGUGACAUACCAUUAUGCAGAACACUUGAUCCGAGAGCAGGCUGCCGAGAGGAAGUGGAGAACGCCCAUCAGAUCUCUCUAUGCUAUUGGCGACAACCUCAUGACUGAUAUUUAUGGCGCCAAUCUGUACAACCGCUACCUAGAAGAGAGGGCUGCCAGGAAACGGUCGAAGGCAGUUGCCAAGAUGGCGGCCGUAACGGGCUCCUCAACGGCGCUGGCCCAGGUGGACGACACAGAUAGCGGCUGGGAGAGCGAGUUGUCGCCACCUUCCGCCACCUGUUGCAAGUCCGUCCUAGUGUGCACUGGAGUCUACAGGCCCCACGCGGAGGCUGCAACCAACGGCGGCAGCUGCCUGCAGCAAAUGGCCUUCCACGGCCACCGCGACUUCUGCUUCGACCCGGCGCUCGUGGAACCGGGUCACAUCGUGGAGGAUGUGGACGCAGCCGUUGAACUCAUCUUUGAGCAGGAGAAGUUUGUACCGCAGUAA